AUGAAGGCGUUUGAGGGUCGCGCUCCCGUUGAAUACCCUCGAAAGCGUGCGUCAAUUGCCUGCAACUUCUGUCGCCAUCGGAAGCGGAAGUGCGAUGGCCAAAAGCCAACCUGUGGGCUUUGCGCCGAUGCUGGCGCCCAGUGCGAGUACCAAGAAAGUGACAGGGUGCAGGAUAUUCCAGCGGAAAUACUGUCUCGCUUGAGUCACAUGGAGACCCUUCUUCAGCAACAGAAAGAAGCUAUCGCCGAACUCUCGACUCGAGUUACAUCGCAAGAUUCCUCUCCCCAGGCCGACCCGUUGAUUUCGUUGCCAAAUGUGUCGGGGCAUCUGGCUCAACCGCGCUACAACUGGUACCCGUCGCCCGCCAAUACAUACGAUAAAUCGUCAAUCAGCCUUCCUCCAAACCAGGAAGAGCCUCUGCCCAUUCCUCUGGGCCACUCAGCUCCAACAGAACGACUCUUUUUUCUGGACCGAAUCAAGAACCUGAUCGGCGAAUACCCUCAAGAUUUCUUCAUGCAACUGGAAUCAACCCGCCUACCCAAAUUUGAAGACAAAAACGUCAACAACAGCUUCGACCGAAUUGACCCGACCCUGUUCCAAACACGGAUUACAGAGCCAUAUUUCAACGAGUUUCUAACAAACGUUCAUGCCUUCUUCCCUCUUAUGGAACCUUUAGCGUUGCGCACCGUCUACGAGAACUUCACACUAGUACCACGAGGCAAUAGUAUCCAAACAAUUCUUUGCCUGGUUAUCAUUGCGCUGGGCAAAGUCUCCGCGAACCCCGGACACAUCUUUGACAUUGAAGCGGCCGAUGAUCGGAAUGGGAUUGAAUAUUUCGCGCCGGCAUAUCACGAGCUGAAGAACCGGUGGUCGGCAUUCUUGCCUAUGAACCGCAGUCCCUUUGUGCCGUUGGCAUUUGUCUAUGCCUCGUUGUAUUUCCGCUAUAUCGGACGUCCGUUCCACGCGUCUACUAUGAUCACGGAUGCAUCUACGGCGGUCAAGUCGCUGCAUUCUCUAUUGAGUGUCAAGCCCAUGAUGCGGGAGCAUGACACCCUUUUCCGAACUACCUGGGCCUGCUACAUUCUGGAAUGUGACGACUUGGCCGAAUUCAACUUCCCCCGCAGCGGAAUCGAGUUCCUCGUGGAAGGGCCCCCAUCAGUCGAAGGAGGAAUGCAUUUCCCCCGACUCUCCGAACCAACUCAGAGAAGCAAUCUAGUAUUCCUCGCAAUGUGCUCAAUCCGCAAGCUGCUAAACCGAGUACACACCUGGAUCUACGACCCAACCUUCCUGGACAACUACGCUGCCGCCUCACCAUCGCAACAAAAGUCACACCCUACCACGCCACGACCGCAGAAGCAUUCAAUUGCUUCUCUGGAAAGGAUUUGCGUUGAGCUCAACCGCCAGCUUGAGGAAUGGUUCCAAUCUUUGCCGCCCCAGAUCCGACCAGACCUGAAAAAGCCCACGUCUCAUCAAGACGUAUACGACAGUUAUAUUCGCGCGCGAUAUUACGCCACGAAACACAUCAUUUACCGACCGAGUCUUGUUUACGCCGCUCAGAACAAAGAUACCAACGUGCUGCCUGACUAUGUCUUUGGGAACUGCAAGCAAUGCAUUGCCAGCUGUCGCAAAUUCGUGGAGGCGGCAUCGCUUCUUCUCGAGAAGAGGACCCAUUCCAAUUGGCUACGAAUGCAAGCACUCUUGGCCGCCAUAUUCACCUUGGCGACAGCAAAAAGCACCCCGUCCCUCGAAGCGAUCGUCUCGGACUUCGACUUUGAUCAAUUGAUGAAGGAAGCCAUACAGUCAAUCGGGCUAUGGGCACAACACUCGGAGUCAGCAGAUGCAAUUCUGAGCAUCAUCAAGACAAUCCGGCAAAAAAUACGACUCUCCGUCUCCAGAAAUUAG